CUCAGACGUGUCACGUCAGCCGGUUUGACGUUUGAGAUGUCGAUACAGCAUAUCGAAAUUGUUAUAAAUUAAAGUAAAAUAAAAAGAAAAUACUGCGACUUACUGUACAAAAUCACUAGCCAUGCUGACAAAAUUCGAAACAAAGUCAGCUAGAGUGAAAGGGAUAUCGUUUCACGCGAAGCGACCGUGGGUUUUGACGAGUCUUCAUAAUGGUGUAAUUCAACUUUGGGACUAUCGUAUGUGUACAUUGCUGGAGAAAUUUGAUGAACAUGAUGGUCCCGUCCGCGGUAUUUGCUUCCACAUUCAACAGCCUUUGUUCGUUUCCGGCGGUGACGAUUAUAAAAUAAAGGUUUGGAAUUACAAGCAAAGAAGAUGCCUUUUCACCCUACUCGGUCACUUGGACUACAUUCGCACAACUUUCUUUCAUCAUGAGUACCCUUGGAUCUUAAGUGCUUCAGAUGAUCAGACAAUAAGAAUAUGGAACUGGCAAUCCCGUCAAUGCAUCAGUGUCCUGACUGGGCACAACCACUAUGUAAUGUGUGCACAGUUUCAUCCCACCGAAGAUCUUCUAGUGUCAGCUUCAUUGGACCAAUCUGUUAGAGUCUGGGACUUCUCUGGGCUGAGGAAGAAGAGUGUGGCACCGGGACCCACAGGGCUAGCCGAUCAUCUCAGGAAUCCACAAGCUACGGACCUCUUUGGACAGGCGGAUGCGGUUGUAAAGCAUGUGUUGGAAGGGCAUGAUCGCGGAGUGAACUGGGCGUCUUUCCAUCCAAACCUCCCGCUCAUAGUGUCCGCAGCUGAUGAUAGACAAGUCAAACUGUGGCGGAUGAACGAUGCUAAGGCUUGGGAGGUAGACACGUGCCGCGGGCACUACAACAACGUGUCAUGUGCGCUGUUCCACGCCAGACACGAGCUGAUACUGUCGAAUAGUGAGGAUAAAUCCAUCAGGGUCUGGGAUAUGACAAAGCGUGUCUGUUUGCACACCUUCAGGAGAGAACACGAACGCUAUUGGGUGCUAUCAUCACAUCCGACCCUCAACCUAUUUGCCGCUGGUCACGACGCUGGUAUGAUAUUGUUCAAACUUCAACGAGAAAGACCAGCAUAUGCCAUACAUAAUAAUAUGCUCUUCUAUAUUAAGGACAGACAGCUUCGUAAACUGGAUAUGUCAACUAAUAGAGAUGCCCCGGUUAUGCAGAUCAAGGGUGGCGGAAGACAUCAACCUUACAGUAUGUCGCUGAAUCACGCUGAGUGGUGCGUGCUUGUGUCGUGGCGUGUUGGUGACACGCAUACGUACGAACUAUACAACGUUUCGAGAGACGGCGAGGCUGCGAGUACCGCUGAGCCAAUGAGGGGACACGCUACUACGGCUGUGUGGGUCGCUAGGAAUAGAUUUGCUGUAUUGGAGAAGAACAAUCAGCUGAUAAUAAAGAAUCUGAAGAACGAGGUGUCCAAGAAGAUAGCGACUCCGACGUGUGAGGAGAUCAUGUACGCCGGUACUGGGAUGCUGUUACUCAGGGAGGUCGAUGCUGUGCAGCUCCUGGACGUGCAGCAGAAGAGGACCGUGGCCAGUGUGAAAGUAUCCAAAUGCCGUUAUGCUAUUUGGAACUCGGAUAUGUCGCUAGUGGCGCUCCUUGGGAAGCAUACGGUGACGAUAUGUACCAAGAAGCUAGAACAGCUGUGCUCUAUCACCGAAGGGGCGCGGGUCAAGUCGGGGGCGUUUGAUGAUUCAAACUCACACCCAGUCUUCAUAUACACGACGGCCAAUCACAUCAAAUAUUGCUGCAAAGAAGGAGAUCACGGGAUUAUCCGUACGUUGGAUGUGCCGGUGUAUGCGGUGAAGGUGAUAGCGAACGAAGCCGGGGCGAGAGUUGUAUGUCUCGAUAGAGAGGCCCGUCCCAAAGUACUCAACAUUGACCCCACAGAAUACAGGUUCAAAUUGGCUCUGGUGACCCGUCAGUACGACCAGGUUCUUCAUAUGGUGAGAACAGCUAAGCUGGUCGGUCAGAGCAUCAUAGCGUACUUACAAGACAAAGGCUAUCCAGAAGUAGCGCUUCACUUCGUGAAGGAUGCCCGGACGAGGUUGGAAUUGUCACUACAGUGUGGUAACAUAGAAGUGGCUUUGGAAGCUGCUAAGAGUUUGGACGAUCCUGAUGCAUGGGAGAAACUCGCUGAUGCGGCGAGAAACGCCGGAAACCAUCAGAUUGUUGAGAUGUGCUACCAGCGUACAAAGAACUUUGACAAGCUCUCGUUCCUGUACCUCAUCACCGGCAACCUUGACAAGUUGAGGAAGAUGAUGAAAAUAGCGGAGAUAAGAAAAGAUGUCUCCUCACAGUUCCAAGGAGCGCUGCUGUUAGGAGAUGUGGCUGAGAGAAUAAGGCUGUUGAAAAACGCUGGACAGCUCUCCCUGGCAUACCUGACAGCGAUCAAUCACAAGCAGACAAGUGAGGCUGAGCAAUUGAAGGUGGCGUUGGAAGCGGCCAAUCUCCCCGUACCCAACAAGAACCCUAAAGCUGUCGUUCUGCGACCACCCGUACCUGUACAGAAAGCUCAAUCUAACUGGCCGCUUCUAUCUAUAUCUAAGAGCUUCUUCGAAGUCGCGGGUGCACGGUCGGAGGGUCCGAGGGUUGCGGGCCAGGAGGCUAUACACGAGGACGAACCUCUGGAAGCAACAGGCGCCUGGGGCGAUGAUGACUUAGGCGAUAACAAGGAGGUUGAUGGUGAUGUGGUCAUUGACCAAGAAGACGCUUGUGAGGACGGAGGCUGGGAUGUUGGUGACGAGGACUUGGACCUGCCCGAACUACCACCUGUUGCUGCCGAAGAAUCAUCUGAGUCCUCGUUCUUCGUCGCUCCGCCCCGCGGGACGCGAGCCCCCGCGGUCUUGAGAACAGCGCACGACCAUGUCGCUACAGGAAACAUAGAAGGAGCUAUGAGGUUACUGAACGAGCAAGUCGGGAUUGUGAACUUCGAGCCCUACCUAGAGACAUUCCUCUCGAUGUAUUCCACUGCGAGGGUCAUGUUCGCUGGUCUGCCACAGCUGCCGCCGCUGGUGACUCUCUUACACAGAAACUGGAAGGAGGCCAGCGGGAAAGACCUGCUGCCCGUUAUCACCGCCAAGCUGACGGAUCUGGUGAACCAGCUGCAGCAGUGCUACCAACUGACCACUAGCGGCAAGUUCCCGGAGGCGCUCGUCCGUCUGGAGAGGGUGGUGAGGCUGGUGCCACUGCUGGUGGUCGACACCCGCCAGGAGCUGGUGGAGGCGCAGCAGCUGAUGACCAUCAGCAGGGAGUACCUGCUCGGACUCAGGAUGGAAACGGCGAGGAAGGCCAUGCCGAAGAACACGCUCGAGGAACAAAUAAGGACGUGCGAGAUGGCAGCUUACUUCACUCACUGCAAGCUGCAGCCGGUCCAUCAGAUCCUGACGCUGCGGACGGCGCUGAACAUGUUCUUCAAGCUGAAGAACUACAAGACGGCUGCGUCGUUCGCGCGGCGGCUGCUGGAGCUGGGACCGAGACCGGAAGUGGCCCAACAGGCGAGGAAAAUACUACAGGCCUGCGAAAAAACGCCCACCGACGAACACCAGCUGUCGUACGACGAGCACAAUCCGUUCAAUAUAUGCGGGAUAAGCUAUAAGCCGAUAUACAGAGGCAAGCCGGAGGAGAAGUGCUCGCUCUGCAGCGCCAGCUUCAUGCCCGAGCAUAAGGGAAAGCUGUGCCCCGUGUGCGGCGUCGCUGAAAUAGGCAAAGACGUCAUCGGACUGAGAAUCUGUGCUGUCCAGUUUCAGAGAUAAUUAUUAAUGUACUGAUAAGAUUGUAUUCUAUUAAAAAUAUUACUAUGUAUUGUA